UAAGACCUGAAGAAAGUUAAAGUUGUUAUUUUUGUCCUGUCUCCAUCUCCUCAUUCACAGACAAUGUUGAAUUUAAUUCAGAAGAAGCUCCAGGACAGAACGUGUGACCAGGUGAUGGAGUUUUCCUGGAGCGCUCUGUGGAACAUCACUGAUGAGACGCCUGACAACUGUCAGAUGUUCCUUAACUGUCGGGGCAUGAGUCUCUUCCUGGAGUGUCUUCAGGAGUUUCCAGACAAGCAGGAGCUGCACCGCAACAUGUUGGGGCUUCUGGGAAAUGUUGCUGAGGUGAAAGCACUGAGACCCCAGCUGCUCACCCCCCAGUUCAUCACUGUGUUCAG